AUGGCGAAUCUUUAUCUGUUGCUCCCGCAGAACACCACCACCGUCAGCCGUAGUGCCCGGCGCAACCCGUCUAUAGUCCGGUGCCACAAGAGCGGCCACUCGCGCCUGUACGGCGCCGACGAUCAGCAUGACGGUCUCAUCCUGGCCCGGUCGGACGCACCGCUGCCCACUGACCGCGCCCCGUCCAUCCAGCGCUGGCCCAGUCUCGAGCGCGAAGACGCCUUCUACGACGCCAAGACGUCCAAGCCGAAGGUGCACGUCGGACGCCGCCUCGUCGUCCCCGAUGCCGUCGCCUCGUGCGACGACGACGACGCCCAGAUCGCCCACCUGUACAAUAUGGGUCUCCUGUACGACGACGCCGACAGGUCUGGCGACGCCUCCCACGCCGCCGACCUGCGCCUCGACGACAUCCGCCACGAUGAACCCAUCUAUCCCAUCCGUCAGGCCCGUCGUCGCCACAGGUCUACCGCCAAGGCGCGCGGGUACAGCGGUCCGUUGCCGCUGAACCUGUCCUUUGCCGACCUCGGCAACGACGAUGAUCUGGCCCGGUAUAUCCGCUCCUCCUCGCCCUCUCCUUCUCCUCUCCCGUCUGGCGACAGCACCGACCACCAGCAGCGCACGUCAAGUAGCAGCGGGACCGGCACCGGCGGUCGAAGCGGCCAGACAUCGCCUCCCCUGCGCGUCAUCUACGAGCUCGCCACGGCCCGUCCCUCAUAUGACGUCGACACGUCCCAGACUCCCGACCUCAUGGACGACUGCCUAUCCGACUACGACUGCUUCUCCGAUGUCGACACGGAUGCUGGUGCGGCCGGUCGCGGUCUCGCCCAGACAGAGGUGCGCGACACCCACACGUCGGAUUCCUGGGUCCUGUUGGGCGACGACUCGUAA